CUCUCCAGAGGAGUAGCCUCUGCGCUCUGUAAAUGGUCAAGUCCUCACCCUCAGAAAGCAACAGAGGGCGGAAUAAGGAGCUCUCGGUACGGAAGAAAAACAAGCAGGCUCCGAAGCAGGAAAUUAGAGUGAGGACCCAGUUUGGAGAGAAAAUAAUACUAGUACUGACCCCACCCACGGCACAGUUUUGGCUGAGGAACCAGCAGAGCCUGUCUAGGUCUGCAAGAAACAGCAGGUUAAGUGCAGACGGACCUGCACAAUGGCUCUGUUGACCCUGCAUAGGAUCCCAUCCAUUUCCACCGUGCCAGAUGAAGGCCUCCAAAGAAGAGGAAGACUUCAGAAAAGAGAGAGCUUUGCCCUCGUUAAAGGGGCAGUCCUCCUGCUGGAAGAUGGAAAGAGCGGGAGCCUUCAUCAGGAGACGUCUCGCACCCCGACUUCUCCUGUCAAGCAAGGCAGCGGCGCGCCAGACAUGCGCCACACACAUCUGCGUGCAAUGAUUGAACACCUCAGACCAGAAGAUACAGUGAAGCUGGCGGUGCAGUUAGAUUCUGUUAGCCCAGUAAGAGUCAGGUAUCUGAUCGUCGUUUCCACACUGGCCAACAAACAUGAGAGCAUCCUGCUGGGCAUGGAUUUCCCCAACUCAGACAGUGAUCAUUGCACCAUCGGUCUGGUACUGCCAAUAUGGAGCAAUACACAAGUUUAUCUGGACGGAGAUGGUGGCUUUAGUGUGAGCUCAGCAAAAGAGACCAGAAUCUUUAAACCGGUUUCCAUGCAGACCAUGUGGUCAGUGCUGCAGGUGCUGCAUGGCUGCUGUGAGCGUGCAAUCAAGGCAGCUUUGAUACCAGGCUCUGGGCUGGAAUGGGCUCGGCACUACUACCGGCACAUCGAGUCCGAUCGCAACUGCCUCAAUGAGUGGGAGGUCAUGAAUGACCUGGAGUCGAUCCGCAAGGACAGCGCUGGACAGAGUUCGGCAGAGAGAGUUUCCAGUGAGAUCCUGAUCAAAGAACACCUGAGAGACAUCAUGAGGACUGAAGACCUGGACAACCUCACAUCCAAAAUGGUGCACGCUACCCUGGAGACCAGGAUAGGCUUUGACAUGAGACCCUACAAGGAGUACAUCGACAAUGAGAUCCUGGUCACCAUGGCUCAGAUGGACAAGCCCUCCAAAAUAUUUGACUAUCUAUACCUGGGCUCCGAGUGGAAUGCAGCUAACUUUGAGGAGCUGCAGAAAAACAAUGUGGGCUACAUUCUGAAUGUGACGAGGGAGAUUGACAACUUUUUCCCAGAGUCCUUCAAUUACAUGAACAUCAGAGUGUACGAUGUGGAAGCCACAGACUUGCUGUCCCAUUGGCCAGCUACAUUCAACUUCAUCAACACUGCAAGGAAGAGUGGUCAGGCGGUGUUGGUUCACUGCAAGAUGGGCGUGUCCCGCUCUGCGUCUACAGUGAUUGCCUACGCUAUGAAGCAGCAGCACUGGACACUGGAUGUGGCACUGACCUACGUCAGGGAUCGCCGGUCCAUCAUCAAGCCCAAUGAGGGCUUCAUGAAGCAGCUCCAGACCUACAGUGGCAUCCUCAGUGCAAGCCAGCAGCGCCAUAGUGCUCUCUGGAAGCGAAAGUCGAGAGACCAAAGACAAAAAUCAGUUCGAAACGAGGAAAGAGGGGAGGAAGAAAAGACAGCCGAAAGUGAAGAAGAAGAAGAUGAGGAGGAGGAAGAAGAUGAUGAGGAAGAUGACGGACUUGAUGAGGAUGAUGGCGUAGAUAUUCCAGAUGAAAAAAAUCACUCAGGGGAAGACUGUGAGGUAUUUGAACAACCUGCCCCAAAGUCUGACACUAUCCAAGACCCUGUGCAGACAGGCCCUGUGAUUACUGUAAAUGAACCAGAAAAGGUCAUACCGAGUGUUAAUCGUAGUGGCAGAAUGAACCUCUACUCAUUAAUGCAGUCCAUCAGCGAGAUGGAUGAUGUGGAUAAAGGAUAUGAUCAGAUGCCUGGCAGUCCGAGGCGGUCACCAGGACAGCGGAGGCGUAGCUAUGGGCGCCGGUGUCUCACUCACCAGAAAGCAUGUGUGGAUGUUUCACCUGAACCAUCCAGCCGGCCAGGCAUGGGCCAAAGCAAGCCGCAAAGUGAUUAAAAAGAUGGACAAG